AUGAACGACCAAAUAAUUCGCCAAACUCCAUUACCCCCAACAAGAGCGAUUGGCAAUCAUAUAUAUACAAAAUUACAAGUACAUUAUGGCGGUGAUGUUCAAGAUAUUGUAUUGAAAACGGAAAAAGAACCAAGCUGUAUUGAUCUUGGAAAAGCAUUGGAAAGUACAUUUCGUUUACCAAUGGCUGAUCAAUUGAUAUAUUACCGUGGUCAACGCCUUCAUCAUCAUCAAUCAUCAUCAGAUGAUCGUCCACUAGCAAGAUACGGUAUUUUUUCCGGAAAUACAGUGACAUUAGUGGGGCAAGGCGGUUUGCUCUAA